UCACCCACCUGCCACCCCAAAAAAAAGCCCAUAUAUUCCUCGUGUGCUUUACCGGACCCAAUAGAGGAGAGAGAGAGAAACAAACAGAAGAGUCUAGAGAGAGAGAGAAGAGAGGAGAGAGUGCAUAAAAAGCUAGCCUAGCUCGACCAUCGACACCUUCGAUUCGAUUUCAGCUAAUUCUCUCUCCAAGUCUAAGCCAUAGAUUUAGUAGUGGUGGGUUUGAAUAUUUUUGAGUGUACCGAGGAUGCCGAGUUCGUCGGAAUUUUCGGAAUCCGGGAGGUUUGCCGGCCAGAGGGCGCCGGAGAAGUCGACUAACUUCACGCAGACGUGCAGUCUGCUGAGCCAGUACUUGAAGGAGAAGGGCACAUUCGGGGAUCUCUCCCUCGGGAUGACUCGCGGUCCCGACACGAACGGUAUCCCCGAGACCUCCCCUCAAACGGCAGCCACCACUAUGAAUUUAUUCCCAGUGGCUAACAAAUUGGGCGAUGUUUCGGGUGCUUCGACCCGAAACACAGCCCUGAUGAUGUCUCGGAAUUUCACAUCUAUGGAAUUGUUCCCCCAGAACUCUGGUUUAGUCAAGGAAGAGAUCUCCAAGAAGGUUGAUUCCUGUGGUAACAAGUCAGAGCCAGGAACUGCUCCAAUGACCAUAUUCUACGGGGGACGAGUGAUUGUGUUCAACGAUUUUCCAGCAGAUAAGGCAAAAGAAAUCAUGCUUUUAGCUAGCAAUGGAAGCUCCCACAAUCUGGGCACGUAUGCCUCCACACCGGUCCAGAAACCAAUCGAACCUACUAAUAUGGUUCCCACUAACCCAAGCAUUCUGUCUGAUAUUGGAACCAACAUGGUACAAGAGCGCGUCCAGCGGCCUCCUCAACCCAUCGUUGCGGAUCUGCCAAAAAUUGCAAGGAAAGCCUCACUCACCCGUUUUCUGGAGAAGAGGAAAGAUAGAAUCACGGCACGAGCACCAUACGUAACAAGCAACUCAAUGGCAUUUCCUCCCAAACCGGCUGAAAACAAGACAUGGCUCGGUUUGGCAGCUCAAUCUCCGGUGCAAUUCGAGGGACAAAUGUACUGAUUCUUUGGCAUUAGGAUCAGUUGUCAGCCGUUUUUACCUCAGUUUUCUAUCUGUUUAUGUGCCAUUUUGGCUUAGGAUUUACAGGGCCUGGCACACCUAACUGCUCCAAUCUUAGUAGUAUUAGUUACUGUGACUAAAUAAACGACAGAAACUCCAUGUCUUCCGUAAUGUUAUAUUAGUGAAUUCGUUAGUCCCAAA